AUGGACGGCGAUGAGAAUGCCGGGCUUGUUGACGAGGAGCGCGAGCCCGCGACCUCCUCACAGCCGACAUGCUGGAGGAGGUUUAGAUUCUGUCGGCUCACCGCGCUGGCGCUGACCUCUGCAGCCCUGUUGGCUCUGGCGGCGGUGGAAGGUUCCCCCCUCCGGCGGUUGUGGGAGCUGAGUAACCUCGAGGAUGUGGUGCAGCUUGCAGACAAAGGUGCCCCUCCGAACUACAGGGGCGGCCAGGCACUCGACCCGAAAGCCGGCUCGGACAUGGGCGUCUGUGUUGGCCACGUCAUCUCCGCAGGGGCUUGGGCGGCUGCUGCGGCGCUUAAGGUGACCAGCGCCAUGGUAGAGUGCGAUCUCAGGAGCUACGUCGACGGCGCAAAGAUUAGCUCGCUGGGCAUAGGAUUCAGAAAGAAGCCAAUCGCGCUCGAUCCGUCCCUCCGGGGCCCGAUGUGUGCUCGGAGCGUUUUGGGCUUUAUCCGCGAUCUCGCCUCUGUAGGAACGCACCUUGAGACAUCGGCAGACUACUGCGGGAAGGACCGCAUCGACGACAUCAAAUGCGCGUCUGCUGUCACGAACGCUGUGAGGAACGCCGCACACUUCUCACGGUUCGCCAGCGAGCUGGAUGCGUUUUGCCCGCAGGACUCUGGGCUGCGGAACUUCUUCCUCUGCGCCAAUCGUAUUGAAGGAAUGGGCUGGGCCAUCGAUGCCAUGCUCGGCGCCAUCUCUGGUGCAGCACGAACUUGCGGUGCCACGGCCGCUGAUCUUCCGCAGCCUCCAGCCCAAUAUGGUUCCUGCGUCGGGGAGGUGCUGGGCGCUGCGGGAUACAUUGCGGCUGCGGGCUUCAACACCUACAACGCCGCGAAUUUCUCCUGCCUUGGGGCGCUGGAGCCAGAAAAGAUUGCGAAGUUGACGCACUUCGAGAAGGAAAGGAUCAACGCGCAAUGCGCGCAGCUCUCCGCCUCUUCAGCGCGCCAGUUCGCCAUCGCGGCGGCCAAGGCCAGCGAGGCGGCGGGUCAUUGCUCGAGCAUCACCAGCAUCCAAAAGGAAGGGCGAUGCGGCCGCACACUGGCCCUGGGUUUAGCAGCCUUGGCCGGUGCUGCCGAGGGAGCCGGGUUCAUGCGGCGAGAGUGUUUGGAGACGGCUCCCUGCUGCCAGUCCCGGGUAGGCAGCCCGUUUGAGUUUGAGUGCAACUGCACGUCGCAGAAGCUUCUGGACAGGGUGAGGCGCGGCAACAUCCGGGCAAAGCGCUGCGCCCGGUUUACCUCCUCGACGCUGAAAGAGCUGGCCAUGGUCGUGACCAUGAUGUCUGAGGGCGCAAGCGAAUGUGGCGGCCCGGACAUUGCCGGAAAUGCUUGCACCCACUUGCUCGGUGGCGCCUUCGCUGGCUUGUUCUUCUUUAGCGAGGCAAUUAGCCGAAUGACCCUCAGGUGUCAUAAGUCGCCGAACCACAACUUUUUCCAGUACUUCGCGUGCUCCCAGGACCAAGGCUUCAUGGGGGAGGCCAUCGACACCAUGGCCGUCGCCAUCGGAGCCUCGUUGAGAGACUGCGGUCUCGGGUAUGCGCCCGGCAGAGAAAGGAAGUCCAGCUGGCUCGGUUUCGGCCGUCGGUACUUUCUGCCCUGA